AUGAAGGAACUGCAAAUGGCGUUAGAAAAGGAAGCCGAGGUAAGCAGAUAAGGUUAAUAGUAGUACAUUUAAUAUACCUUUGGGUAUGCCCGACCGACGGUGGUUAAUUAGCCAGAGAUGGCCGGCUGAGUCUCCUUGUAUUUGUCGAAACUCAACUCUCCGUCAACAAUGAUCACAAUGCGACUACCUGUGUGUGUCGUGCUUGAGAUGCGCGGUGCAAAACGAUGAGUAUGUUGCGUACUUUCAUAGGUGAACAACCCUCGGUGCGUUCGCCGAUUGGAUUACAAGACCCGCUCCUUCCGUUUCACUUUUCGGUUCAACGUAGAGCAAUCGCAAAUAGUCGCAAAGUGACUAGUAAUAUAUAUACAUAUAUAUGGGGGGAGACGAUAAGGUCUGGGGGUAGAUUGAUACAGCACUGUUUCGGACUUGUUUGCCUUCAUUCAGCCAAUCGUAACCCUGAUUACCAGCUGGUACCGAAAACACAAACAUGCGCACAGACGCACCUGGCGCAGCUGGUCCACCACUGGGGUCUACCAGAUGGGUCAUAAACACUUCAUCGAACCAAAUUUCAUCAGUGCCUCGCCACCUGCCAUUCUCUGCCACUCUGUCAUAUAUGUACAGAAGGUGGGUGCCGACAAAGGCGAAAGAGACUGGGAUGACAAUCUCUGGACUAUUAGCCGCCGUCAGCCAGCCUUACCCAAAGCCAGGUUUUGGCGUACCUGAGCCUCGAACCUUCGUCAUUAUGUGACAGAACGUUAUUGAGUCCAAAGUUGUACUGUAGGUGGCAUAUCUCUUAAAAUUUUAACUGAAAUACUGAAAUGUUUUUGAGAUGAAAAAGAAUUUUUUUGGUGAAUUCUGAAUGUCGAUUACCGUGAGACAUGAUCAUAAGAUAACUUAUUUGCGAGAGUGUGGUGGCUUUUUAACGCGUUUUUUCCGAUCCCCUUCGAGAACCCACACCGGGUAAACAAUGACUAUUAAUUAUUAUGCGUUUUUCAUUAAUUUUUGUUGCCCCUAAAAACUAAAGUAUAUAUAUGUUAGAAAACGUGUACAAAGAAUAUAUUUCUACUGCUCUUUAUAGCAAUGAUCAAGUUUUUUUAAAUUUUAUGCUCAAAGUGGAACACGCUAUAGGAUUAAAAAUACUUUUCCAUAUCCCACAUAAUUUAAAACCAGCUCUGCAGUUGCAUAUUCGUUUUGGAGUUUUAAACACAUGCUACUACAACUUUUAUGCACGGAAAAUCCCACACACCUCAAUGCUACUGAGAAAGUGCCAUAUGGGACCCAUGAAAUCGUAAAAUGGAUAUGUACUAUGUUGCAUAAUUCAUAAUGUGUGCAAAGCAAUAUACGAAUACUACGCCGUUUGGACACACAUUUCCCUGUCUUAAUAAACCUAUUUUAAGACUAAAGAUACGCUUUCUUGGUGCAUAGUAUUUAAAGAAGAGGUAAAUUAGCAGUCAAAUUAGUAUAAGAAGGGGUAGUUUGGGCACGAUUUCCAUAAUACAUAUUAGGGUUUAUAAAGGCAAUGAAAAUCAUUGGAAGCAUACCAGUUUGCAAUUACUGUUUAUUGACGGUGACUGCUGCAGGCGAUCGAAAGAAAGUGCAUUCAGAAACCGGCAUUCUUUUGCGACAGAAAUGUCUUCUGACUAUGCCGUACGAUAAUCAGUAUUACAAACCGUAACAUUUAAAAACAGCGGCUAUUCAAAGUCCUUCAUACUUAAGUGCCUCAGGAUGCCUCAUUAUGAGUGGUCAAACGGAGAAAUUCCUAAAUUCUUAGCUCACAAUCUCUUAUGUGAAGGACUCUUCAGAGGCGACGGCAGGAAUCCUUAAGCCUUUCGCGAAUGGCGCGGAUCGUGAAGUAGAAUGAACAAUCAGAUACUAGUCAUAAAACCCAAAGAUCCGCUGCCAGCAUAAUCAACGGUGGUCUAUGGCAUAACAUGCCAAAAUCGAAAUGCCAGGUUUGUUGGUGAAACUUGCGAACGCCUUGGCAUAAACGCUUUGCACAAACAACAACUUGCAAUCGCAGGGAUAAGCUGUCUGUGGCCUAUGUUCACACACAGCAGCUGAAGCACAGUAUCGACUUUGAGAAAGCAAGAGUAGUCGGCUGGGCCAGGGAGAAGGUGACCAGAUUGAUGCUCGAAAGUUGGUCCUUGACUGGCACCGUUAACCGAGCUGUAGACCUGCACCUCGCCUACCAGGCGCUACGCACGAGACUGUGAUCAGAUCGGACGGGGCCAGUAGCGGAGCCGUGGAGCCGGAGGUCACGCGACCAGCAUCGCCCGCUGCCCCACCGACGCACCUGCGAAGUUGAAAGCAAGUCGCGCGAACUCCAACGACUGAUCGGUCCGCCGACUGACGUGGGGAGGGCCAAAAAGCAGGCUGAUUUAGAUACAGAUACGCCGGUCACAAAGGGAUAAAAGCUCAUGCGAACCCGCCAGCGGUCAAUCCCAGAUAAAGUCAGAACUGGCCAGCAGCAUAGAGGCGGGUCAAAGUUCGUGCCAGGGGCAUUUUGUGAGAUAAUGACUGCUCGGACUGUAGAUACACAAAAAUAUAAAGUGGAAACACAAUCGAGUCUCUUCGGAAAUCGUGGUCAUUUAGGGAAGGUAAAAUGUGGACUUCUCUGUCAUGAUAUUCGCGCGCAGAGGUCUUUACAACUGAGUUUAAAUUACAACUAUAAAUUGUAUGUCUUAGGGAGGAAGUCAUUCUUUAAGGUCUUUAAGCAGUGCGCAUUUUCAGGAAAUUGAAUGUUCAUUGAAAUUACCAAUUCCUUAGAAAGUCUCUCUUACUUUCCAAACAUUUAUCUUGAACUUACUUCACUGAGAAAACAAGCAACCAGUCCGACCGAUUCUAUGCGCAUGCCUUAAAAGGAAUCUAGUGUCCAGGCAGGUUUGUAAACAUUUAUGGAUGGUUGGCGGUUUUUCAGGGAGCAGCUCUGCCACGGCUCGAAAAAUCCAAAACUAGGAAGUUUUCUGUCCUUAACUCACGCCCAGCAGUAAUAAGAGAUAAGUACGUCCCUAGGGAUAGAGGUAGACACGUGUCCGAAUUAGAGUUCAACUCAUUCACUGCAGACUUGAAAAUUUCAGGUGGAAAAGAUGAAAGUUAGGAGUAAAUAUUAGCAGGUAUGAGCGAAAGUUUUUCAUACUAUCAGCUAAGGGUGGACACUCGAUGCGCAAAUGACUAAGUACCCACUGUUUUUCAACUUCUGUGCUUAUAGAAUUCCCCUGUCGUUAAUUUUUCACAUAAGCUACUCCCUGUUGACAAGAGGCAAAUGGCUGAACUUAGCUCUUGACUUCCUUCUAUCAUCAUGUUCAUUGUGAUAUGCUCUAGCCUCAAAUUCGCACUAUAUACGAACUGAACCGUGACGGGAUGAAGACACGUCUCAUAGACUCUGUACCAUUAUCUUUAUUUCGUAGGAGGAGGCAGAAGCCCACGAACGCCGACUUGCUGAGGUGGAAAACAAGAGGAUUCAAGCCCUGAUAUUGACAGGGGUCCUAGACACCUCUGCACUCAAAGGACAGGAGUUUACGGAGGCUGAUCGCAGUGACCAGCCUGCCGGUUCCUCUGUCACCAUCAAGUCCCGCAGUGAGAAUGAGAGUCAUCUUGAUUUCCGGCGAUACACGAGGAAUCCAACAGCAGCCAAAUAUAACGUCCUGCAUGUAAAGCCGCGUUGA